AUGAGUGACCAACGAUCCACGUCCGUAUCCACCGACGUGGUGUCCGAGCCGCCGCCGGCCACGACCCUCCAUGCCGUUCCCUACGACGAAACGGCCUCCAUGGACGAGAAUCUAGCUCUCCGAUCGGCUUCGCUACCAACGCCCGUCCACUCAUUAUACUCUGACACCAAAUCAGCUCGGACGAGCGCAUCGUCCGGGCGCACGGGCGAUCAUCCAGGCCUACUCCGCCCGUCGUCGCAUCGCAGCACCAAGGCAGACCUCGGGUUUUUGCCGCCCUCACCCAUCGCGAAGGAUAGGAAAAGCCUCGCGGACGAUACGGUCAGUUUGCGCUCGUUGCGCAGUGUUCCGAACAUCGUCGUCAAUGAUUCGGGGGCUCGUCCCAGCUCCCGCCCUGGGUCCCGCCCCGGUUCCCGAUGGUCGGAGCGCAAAUGGGGUGGGCUGAGACAUAAGAGGUCGGGCGAGUUUGAAAGAAAGGCCGAUUCGCCGCCACCCGUGCCCCAGAUUGAGCCGCAUUUCAACGGCAUCUCGCUGGACAUCCCGACGGCGUCCCUGGACGGCCUUGGGUCGCAAUCGAUGAGGUUUUCCAAACGCGGAAGUCUCAUCAAUAAAGGGGACCGCAAGAAACUUGAGCAGCAGGAGGAAGAGCAUGAAGCGCAGAAGCAAGUGGAAGGACACGAAGCGCAGCAGCAUAGUGAGCAGCCUGCGCGGGAGGGACAACCGCAACCAGAAGACAAGAGUCAGCAGCCUGCACAAGACAACGUCUCUUUGCCCGCACAGAGCCCCACGAUGGAGCAGAACGUCCCUGAGGCUGAACCGCCCGGCCCUGAGGCUGAAUCGCCCGCCCCCGAGGUUGAACCACCCGCGCCGCCCGUGAUGCGCCCGAAACCGCCGUCGUCGUCACUUCGAGUCCGGCAAAGCACUAUUGCCAGCAGAGCCAUCUCCGCAGACGAAGACAUGCUGUCGCGACGAGUCAGACUCAUGUACGACAAGGGAGAGGAGAACGUGACCGACUCAGAAGUGGCGCAGUCAUUGGCGAUGGACAACGGAAUGCUGUGGGAAGACGGUGCCGCGAUCAAAGAGGUAUCGGGGCCUUCCGGGAGUAGCUCUCAAGGGGCAGACACCAAAAGCAUAGCGUCGUCUAUCGGUCCCGAGGCGGCUGCGACGUUCAAGAAGGAAGCCCACGAGUUGGCUGGAGGGAUUGAAUACUGGCAGAAUAUCGGAGCCGGGGAUGUGGACCGUUAUGGCUUCAUCCGCUCCCCCACUAGCAACUCGGCUGAAGGUAUUGAUCCAAGCCCUAUACAGCGCGUGUCGACCAGUCUGCUUCUUGCGUCGGAGACCCCCCGACGGAAGCACUCCAUCCGUCCACCCUCGGCCCUGGCAAGUAACCGGUCGUUUCAUGGUCGGCCACCAACGCGCAAGAACUCGGAACAUUCGAUACGACCCACUUCGUCGCAAAGCACAUAUAGCGCGCCAUUACGGCGGACGACUACACGGUUUCGCCAGGCAACAAACCAUCUCCCUCAUAAUCGCGAUCGUCGAUACAAGGAUGAAGCGGCAGACAUGCUGACGCUUCCAAUGGAGCCCCCGAGUUCUGGUGAGGGGCUCAACACGCCAGCGGCACGUGCAAUGCGGAAGAAGGAGUGGGAGAGAGAAGACAAGUGGACGAAGAUGGCGCGGCCAGCCAGGAAGAGCAAGGACGGCGGCGGCAUGAGGUUCGAGUUCGACACGCAGAGCUCGAAGCUGAUCGAGCGCACCUGGAAAGGCAUCCCGGACCGAUGGCGGUCGACCGCGUGGUACUCGUUCCUCGAGGCAAGCGCCAGUAGGCAUAGCGACAGUCCCACCGAGGAAGACCUCAUCGAAGCCUACCACGAGUAUCAAAUGGUCUCGUCGCCCGACGACGUGCAGAUCGACAUCGAUGUCCCGCGCACCAUCACCAGUCACAUCAUGUUCCGCCGGCGUUAUCGCGGGGGUCAACGACUCUUGUUCCGUGUACUUCAUGCCAUGUCCUUGUAUUUCCCGGACACGGGAUACGUCCAGGGUAUGGCCGCACUUGCGGCGACCCUUCUGGCCUACUUCGACGAAGAGCACACGUUCAUCAUGCUCGUGCGACUGUGGCAGCUACGAGGGCUAGAACAGCUGUACCGGUCAGGGUUCGAGGGGCUCAUGGAAGCCUUGGGUGAUUUCGAGCGCGAGUGGUUGGCGGGAGGCGAAGUCGCCACGCAACUGAACGAACUCGGAAUCCCACCCACUGCGUACGGCACCCGGUGGUACCUAACGCUAUUCAACUACUCCAUCCCAUUCGCGGCCCAACUCCGCGUAUGGGACGUGUUCAUGCUCCUCGGCGACGCAGACGAUAUCACCAGUUCCAGCAAACGGUCGAACGGCCACGUGAGCUCCUUCGGCAAGGGCCUCGACGUCCUUCACGCGACAUCGGCGGCGCUCAUCGACGGCAUGCGCGACAUCAUCCUCGAAUCGGACUUUGAGAACGCCAUGAAGGUCCUCACGAGCUGGGUGCCUAUCAAAGACGUCGAGAUUUUCAUGCGAGUCGCCAAAGCGGAGUGGAAAGUCCAUCGGAAGAGGACGCAUUAG